AAAAAACAAAAAUUUUAUAAGUAUUAAAAACAUAAUAUCAAAAUGAAUGAAACAUAUGAUUAUAUUAUACUUGGAACCGGAUUAAAAGAAUGUAUUCUUUCAGGACUCCUUAGUGUAGAAAACAAAAAAGUGCUUCAUCUUGACAAAAAUAAUUAUUAUGGAGGGGAAACGGCAAGUUUAUCGCUUAAUCAGAUCUAUAAAAAGUUUUAUCCAGGUCAAGAGCCACCCUCAUAUUUAGGAAACGACCGUAGCUGGUCUAUUGAUUUAAUUCCUAAAUUUAUUAUUGCAAAUGGGGAGUUAACUCGUAUGCUUUAUCAUACGGAUGUUACACGUUACCUAGAAUUUAAAUCAAUUAGUGGGAGUUUUGUAUAUAAGGAUAAAAAAAUAGCCAAGGUGCCUGCUACAGAUAUAGAGGCUAUACGUUCGCCUUUAAUGAAUUUAUUUGAAAAAAGAAGAAUGAAGAAAUUUUUGGAAUUUAUUUGCAAUUAUGAUGAAAACGAUACUACAACACAUCAAUCUCUCGAUUUUAAUCAUGAUUCUAUGGAUAAAGUAUACUCCAAAUUUAACUUGGAAACGGGUACAAAAGAAUUUAUUGGCCAUGCAAUGGCCCUAUAUCUUGAUGAUAGCUAUCUAUUUCAACCUGCUCAAGAGACAUAUAAACGAAUUAUCUUAUACAUCAAUUCAGUGGCACUGUAUGGAAAAUCUCCAUAUAUAUAUCCUCUUUUUGGGCAAGGUGAUCUUCCUCAAAGUUUUGCAAGACUCUCUGCUGUUUAUGGAGGAACAUAUAUGUUAAAUAGAAAAGUUGAUGAAAUUGUUUAUGAAAAUGGGGUUGCAAUUGGUAUCAAAUCCGAUGGGGAAAUAGCUUAUGCAUCAAAAAUUAUUGGAGAUCCAUCAUAUUUUCCUGAUAGAGUUAGAAAAACUGGGAAAGUUAUUCGAGUUAUUUGUAUACUUAAUCAUCCUAUUCCAAAUACGGAUAAUUCUGAUUCUUUGCAAAUUAUUAUACCUCAAAGUCAAGUUCGACGAAAACAUGAUAUUUAUAUUGCUAUGGUAUCAUCAGUUCAUAACGUUUGUCCAAAAGGUUAUUAUCUUGCAAUAGUUUCGACAAUAGUUGAAACGGAUAACCCUCAUAUAGAAGUAGAACCUGGUCUUAAUUUACUUGGACCUAUUGUUAAAAAAUUCAUCUAUGUUAGUGAUAUUUUGGAACCAAUUGGUGAUAGUAAAGAUAAUAUUUUUGUUUCAAAAAGUUAUGAUGCUACUAGUCAUUUUGAAACAGCUACAGAGGAUGUUAAUAGAAUUUAUCGUCAAGCUGAAGGGAGAGAUUUAAUUGUCAAGCGGUCAAUUACUACAGAAGAUUAAUAAAAAUACAAAUAAUUAUUAAUGGCUAUAAUAUGUAUUCCCUAAAUUAUUGAACUAUUAAAGUUUUGA